CGUGAGAUUGGACAGCGAAAGCACGACAUCCAUCUUUCUCAAAAGUUUUAUAUAUUUUUGUCUUGAACCCUCCAUUCUCCUCAUUCACCGCUUGCCCUUUUCUGCUCCUUGUAAAUACACAUGAAGAUCAUCGACAAGAUUACUCGUGCCGAAGAGGAACGGCGGCCCUUCUGGUCUUUCGAAUAUUUCCCGCCAAAGACCACAGCCGGUAUUCAGAAUCUGUUUGACCGCAUGGAACGCAUGUAUAAUCUUGGUCCAGAAUUCGUCGACAUCACCUGGAAUGCUGGCGGUACUUCUUCUGAUCUCACAACUGAGCUUGUUGCGACUGCCCAGAGUGUUUACGGCCUUGAGACAUGCAUGCAUCUUACCUGCACCAACAUGCCCAAAGAAAAGAUUGAUGCUGCUCUAAAGGCGGCAAAAGCCUGUGGAAAUCAAAAUAUUCUGGCCCUUCGAGGGGAUCCACCCAGGGGCCAGGAGCAAUGGGUUUCUUGUGAUAAUGGCUUUUCAUAUGCUUCGGAUCUAGUCGCAUACAUUCGUCAAGAGUAUGGAGAUUACUUCUCAAUUGGUGUUGCAGGCUAUCCGGAAGGGCACCUGGACUCAUCAAGUAAGGAAGAUGAUUUCAAAUGGCUCAAGCAUAAGGUUGACCAAGGCGCAGAUUUUAUUGUCACACAACUAUUUUACGACACAGAACUCUUUAUAAACUGGGUUAAGGAGUGUCGAGAGUACGGGAUCACUGUACCUAUUCUACCAGGCAUUAUGCCGAUCCAGAACUUUGGAGGAUUCACGAGAAUGACAACGCUAUGCAAAACAUAUGUGCCUGAGCGUAUUAAGCGUGCAUUGGAGCCUAUCAAGGAGGAUGACCAGGCAGUAAAGGAUUUUGGUGUCAAACUUGCUGUGGAAAUGUGCAAGGAAAUCCAAGCAGCCGGGAUCAAUGGCUUUCACUUUUAUACCCUCAACCUAGAAAAAUCUACUCGACUGAUCCUUGAAGGUCUUGAAUUCGUAGCUCCACGUGAAAAUAUCCGUCAGCUACCAUGGAAUCCCUCCCUUUCCAAAAAGCGUGAAAAGGAAAAUGUACGACCUAUCUUUUGGAAGAAUAGAAUCAAGUCGUAUGUUGCGCGCACAGAAGCCUGGGAUGAGUUUCCUAAUGGUCGUUGGGGAGAUUCUCGAUCACCUGCUUUUGGUGAACUGGAUGGAUAUGGCACUUCGCUCAAAGUUACAGCCAAAGAGGCAUUGGAGCUGUGGGGUUAUCCCGAGAGUCCUAAAGAUGUGGCAAUCCUAUUCUCAAAGUACUGCCGAGGACAGGUCAAGUCGAUUCCUUGGAGUGACGAAAGCUCACUUUACCCGGAGACUGAGGCUAUUAGAGAUCGACUAGCGGAAAUCAAUGCACGUGGCUACCUGACCAUCAACUCUCAACCUGCAGUCAAUGGAGUGCGAUCGGACGAUAAGAUUCAUGGAUGGGGACCUAAGAAUGGAUAUGUUUAUCAAAAAGCAUAUCUCGAAUUUUUUGUUUCCCCAGAGAACUUGAGCGAGUUAGUUAAUAAGAUCGAGGAUGAGCCACAAAUUACUUACUAUGCGGUCAAUAAGCGAGGCGAUCUCAGGACAAACAGUCAGACUGAUGGGCCUAAUGCGGUCACCUGGGGCGUGUUUGUUGGCAAGGAGAUUGUCCAACCGACCGUUGUGGAAGUUGUUAGUUUCAUGGCAUGGAAGGAUGAGGCAUUCGAGCUGUGGUCAGAGUGGUCCAAGAUCUAUGAAGCUUCAUCCAUGUCCACCAAAGUGAUUAACGCAAUCCGAGAUGAGUGGUAUCUUAUCAACAUCGUUCAUAAUGAUUUCCAGGAUCCGGAAGGACUUUUCCGUUUGCUUGACUCUGUUAAAACUGUCGAUCACUCUGCGUUUGUUGCUAAUGGUCGAUCAUAAAAUCUUUGAACUACGUACCAAGCUUACGUAAUGGCACAUGAUACAUAAAUUAAGUCAAUAAAUAAAAUAUAAAUUUUUGGGAC